CAUUCCCGGGGUCUCCAAAGUCUUCAAGAUUCAAAGGCGUGCUACGUCAGUUCGACCUGAUUCAAAGACCGUCAUCUCCACGACCCGUCCGCCAUGCCACCGUUGCACUCCCGCACUCGCUACAUCCCUCCCACCCUCAUCAAUGCCGCCCACGCCCACGCCCACACUCAUCUCUGGACCCACGGCCUCCGAUCCCAGAACUCCACUAGAACCCGUCCAACGGAUAAUAAUGCAGUGACCACAGUCGCCAAACACAAGGAAAUGCCGCUAAGCCACGCCGGGAACUCCAUCGCGAUACCACGGUUUGAGGCUCAGUCAACUGAACCACCAUCGCGAAGACAAUCUCUCACAUUCACACUCAUACGCACAAACUUUCUCCAGACUCAAGUGAAGACCGGAAUUCUGUCAACGUCUCGUCCGCUCAACCCUUCCUUGCCUUACGACCCUCAUGCGCCUCUUAUCUUUGCUGACGUCCUCCCGUCAAUGCGUACGAAACAAGCUCCAUGCUGGCUGAGCCGCGCAGCACACACACUGCCAGGCCUGCCAACUCUCUCGUCUUCAUCCGAAUUAUUGAAACAGCAUCCCUCUCCCCUUUUCCCUUCAAAAACCCUGAGUUUGCUCAACUUUUCCAAGGGCGGGACAGCACGGCCAAUCCUUGGCUUGGUCAUUCCCCUCGGUGCCCGUCCGUCGCCUGUUCGUCAACUCACCCUGUCGCAGAUCUAAACGAGUCAAAAGAGCCCCAAGUUCCCGGGUGUGAGUUACUCGACAGAGUGAGAGUUUACAUCACUCUCCAUGCCAGCGGGUGGUGUUGCUCGCGGUAGAUCAACCGGCAUUGCUUCCCCGGCCACCAUCUUUACCGCAGCCGCGGUCUCUCUUCUUGAGAGCAAUUUGCAUUCCAAUAAUGACCUAU